AUGAGAGAAAAACCUUUCCGAUGUAAUGAGUGUGGCAAAGCCUUUAAUUAUAGCUCACAUUUAAGGAGACAUCACAUAACCCAUUCAGGAGAGAAACAACAUAAAUGUGAUGUAUGUGGCAAAGUCUUUCAUCAAAAGCAAUACCUUGCAUGGCACCAUAGAGUCCAUACUGGAGAAAAACCUUACAAGUGUAAUGAGUGUUGCAAGACCUUCGGUCACAAGUCAUCUCUUACACGCCAUCAUAGACUUCAUACUGGAGAGAAACCUUACAAAUGUAAUGAGUGUGGUAAGACCUUCAGUCAGACAUCAUCCCUUGUGGGCCAUCGUAGACGUCAUACUGGAGAGAAACCUUACAAAUGUGAAGAAUGUGACAAAGUUUACAGUUGCAGAUCACAACUUGAAACACAUAGGCGAAUUCAUACAGGAGAGAAACCAUACAAAUGUAAGGUUUGUGACAAAGCUUUUAGGCAUAAUUCAUGCCUUUCACGCCAUAACAGAGUUCAUACUGAAGAGAAACCUUACACAUGCAAUGAAUGUGGCAAGGUUUUCCGGCGUGAUUCAUACCUUGCACAACAUCAGAGAGUUCAUACUGGAGAGAAACCUUACACAUGUAAUGAAUGUGGUAAGGUUUUUAAUCAAAAAGCACACCUUGCAUGUCAUUAUCGACUUCAUACUGGAGAGAAACCUUAUAAGUGUAACGAGUGUGGCAAGACCUUCAGUCAGAAGUCAUCCCUUGUAGGCCAUCGUAGACUUCAUACUGGAGAGAAACCUUACAACUGUCAUGAGUGUGGCAAGACCUUUGCUCGAAAUUCAUCCCUUGUAAUUCAUAAGGCAAUUCAUACUGGAGAGAAACCUUACAAGUGUAAUGAAUGUGGCAAGGCUCUGUUGACAUUCAGGAAUGUGGCCAUAGAGUUCUCUCAGGAGGAGUGGAAAUGCCUGGACCCUGCUCAGAGGGCUUUAUACAGAGACGUGAUGCUGGAGAAUUAUAGGAACCUGGUCUUUCUGGCUAUCUCUUCCAAAUGCACGAUGAAGAAGUUCUCAUCAACAGGGCAAGGCAAUACAGAAGUGAUCCACACAGGGACAUUGCAAAGACAAGCAAGUCAUCACACUGGAGAAAGUUGCUUCCAGGAAAUUGAGAAAGAUAUUCAUGACUUUGUGUUUCAGUGUCAAGAAGAUGGAAGAAAUGGCCAUGAAGCACCAAUGACAAAAAUAGAAAAGAUGACUGGGAGUACAGACCGAUAUGAGCAAAGGCAUGCUGGAAACAAGCCUAUUAAUGAUCAGCUUGAAUCAAGCUUUCAUUCACAUCUGCCUGAACUGCACAUAUUUCAGACUGAAGAGAAAAUUGAUAAUCAAAUUGAGAAGUCUAUCAACAAUGCUUCCUCAGUUUCAACAUCCCAAAUAAUUUCUUGUAGGCCCAAAACACAUAUUUCUAAUAAGUAUGGGAAGAAUUUCCUGCAUUCGUCAUUACUCACACAAACAGGAAGUACACAUGAGAGAGAAAUCUUUCCAAUGUAA